UAACAAUUUAAAUUUCUAUUAGUCGGCUGUAAACAAGAGUUUGAGUCAAGAUGGUCGUUGUUGAAGCAAAGAACCUUCACUAUUCUCUGCCAGUUCCGAGUGUUCAAGAAGUUGCAGCCCAACAGCUUGAGACGGUGCCACCCAGAUACAUCCGAGAUGAUACCACAUCUUCUGCUGAUGGGUUUCUUCUUGUACCGUUGAUCGACAUGAGCAAGCUAGUCAACUCUGAUUCCCAAGCUUUAGAGCUUCAAAAACUUCACGCUUCUUGCAAGGAUUGGGGCUUGUUUCAGUUAAUAAACCAUGGAGUUUCGUGUGAGUCAUUGAAGAAGCAAGUUCAAGAAUUCUUUCAGCUUCCUUUGAUGGAGAAGAAAAGGUGGGCACAGAAAGGUGGAAGUCUUGAAGGAUAUGGUCAAGCAUUCGUAACCUCAGAAGAACAAAAGCUCGAUUGGAACGACAUGAUCUUCCUCAAAGCUCUUCCCGUUCAAAACAGAAAAUUAGAAUUCUGGCCGGACAAUCCUCCAAAUUUCAGGGAAACCCUGCAGAACUAUUCUGAAGAUAUCAGGAGGAUUGCAGUUUCAAUAACAAAAUUUAUGGCCGUGAUGCUUGAGCUUGCGGAUGAGGAUCGCGGAUUUUAUCAGGGUUAUCAAGAAGGCAAUUUUGAUGUCAGGCUCAAUUGCUAUCCACCUUGUCCUCAACCUGAGAAAGUUAUUGGAAUGAUGCCACAUGCAGAUAUGUCCGGUAUUACUCUGUUGCUUGAUUGCAACGAUGUACCAGGAUUACAGGUUCUAAAAGAUGGUCAGUGGAUUUAUGUCAAACCUAUUGAUGGCGCCAUUGUCGUAAAUGUUGGCCAGAUUAUACAGAUAAUGAGCAAUGAGAUAUACAAAGCACCAGAGCAUAGAGCAGUGGUAAACAAAUCGAAAGAAAGGCUUUUCGUAGUUACCUUCUGUUAUCCCUACUCAUCUGUUACUGUUGGUCCAGCCAAACAACUUACACAGACAUGAAAUCCACCUCUAUACAAGAGUAGCACAUUGACUGAGUAUUUUGACAGCUUUUACAAUCGGAAUCUUGACGUUUCAUUCAUUGAUAGUUUCAAGAUCUAAAGUGUAAUAGCAUAGAUCUUUGAAUAUGGUAUAAUGAGGGUGAUCGUAAGGUACACAAUAAAAUUCCAAAUAGUUCAGUCAUACAUCACUUGAGGUAAUUUAAUUAUUAGCACUUCUACGUUGAAAGAAAAAGAUAUGAUGUG